AUGGCGACCCCGAAGAAACACCGGGGAGAAGGAACGCGGGGCUUCACUUUGGGUUCAUCUGCUCUGUUUUCGGAAAGCGACAGGGACGCUCUGGGCGGCCCUUUUGAGGGGGAUGCUCGCGCUCCUGUCUCUUCGCCGUGGUUUUCUCCUUCCUCCCAGUGGCGCCCGUCGCCGCCCGCUUCGUGUCUCUCCCGUGUUUCCCCCACUCUCUCGGCUAGGAGCGUCUCGCGGCUCGGGCGGGCGGCGGCCUCGCCUCGCGCGUCCGUAGAGCGCGACGUGGAGGCCCGCGCCCCUCGGCGAGUCCGCGCCUUUGUCACCUCCGCGGUUCACGGCACUGCGCCAGCCCCUGUGCACUCAGACGACAGGGAAGAAGGCGUGCAGUUUUUUCUUGCUUGCGACGACGAAGGCGAGGCGCCGCUGGCCUGCCUGGCUCGUCCACCUGCCCAGCCAGCCGGCGGCUCGGAAGGCGCCGCGUCUGUAACUCCCCGGCCUCCACUCGCCUCCACGUCACCUCAGCCUUUCGACGGGCCCUCGCCGUUCGCGGCCGCCGCCCCACCCUUCGCGCCCCCGUCUGCCCCCCCUCCCUCAUUCUCGUCGUUUCCUUCUGCGCCAAGCCCCUCGCCCGCUGCUGGCGCGUUUAACCAAACGCAGGAGGCGUCACCGGCGCCCGCGGCCUAUUCCGCGUACCCUGGGUCUCCGCCGGAGGCUUCGGGGGCGGCUUUCGCGUGUCGCUCAAGAGACGGCGCGGACUCUGCAGAAGCACCCGCGGCGACCUCUGGACGAGGUGAGUCGGCGGGUCAGCUUUUCGUGAACGGCGGCCUCGCGACUUCACACAGAGUCUCCCCCGCCUCGACGUCUGUCGCUUUCCCCGCUGCGCCCGCACCUGAGGGAGAGACGAAGGCCGACGGCGCCGGCGGACGACUCAUCUAUACGCCGAAUGGAGACGCUCUGAGCAAAGCGCGAGGUGGCGAGACGCGCAGUGGAGGCGGCGAAAGGCCCUCUCCCGUUCCGCACCACACCCCGCACGCUUCGCAGGGCGCGGACAACAGGCAUGCGUUUUCUUUCCCGGCUUCUUCUGGAAUUGCGUCCACGGCCCCGGGGCCUCCGCGGAUGUCUCCUGGCCUCGCGGGCGCGUCGGGGCCAUCUUCGUCUUCGUCCUCGGCGCCAGGGUCUUUCGCGUCUUUUCCAUCUGCCGCCCAGGGCCCGACGUUUGUGCUUGCGGCGCCCACGGAGGCGUGGCGAGCUCCUGAAGGCGCGGCGACGUGUGCCCCCGAAGGCCGGCAAAUACAGCCGUCAGCGUCGUCGUUCGCCGCCUCCACCCUUGCUGCCUCUCCGUUCCCGCCUUCGUCUGCAGACGCCUUGACUGCGGGAGCCUCUGUGGCGUCCGCGGCGCACGCCUCGCCCCCCGGCUGCCCUCAGCCUCCUCUCGCUGGAGGCUGCGGCGCGCAGGCGGGCCGCAGCCUCGAGAGUAGCGCGGCGCAGCGGCGAGCGACCCCCCUUCCGCCCUCGUUCCAGCGCUCGCCUCCUCCUUCACAGUUUCCGCCGCCCGCGGAAGCCCAGCCCGCCCCGCGCCCUGCGCCGGCGGCAGACAAAAGGCCCGCGGAAGGAGACGCCGCGGGGCGCGGGCAGGCGAUCCAUUCGGCGCUGCCGUCUUCGCAUUCGGGCGGAUCUCUGCCCGCCUCAUCCCCGUUUCCUUCCGGUGCGCCUCUCUCGCGUCAGGCGUCGCUUCCGCAGGCUGUCUCUCAAGGCGCUCUGGGGCCGGCUUCGGAUCCUUCAGCGGGCGCUGUAUUCGCGCGCCCCUCGUUCGCCUCUGGGCCUGCUGUAUUCUCUGCGGCAGGAGGCAGUGAGCAAGCGUCAUCUCGCGCCUUCACGUUGCCUUCGCCAGACAGCAAGAAGGGCUGCGAGGCGGGAACUUUGAAGCCUGGGUCGCACGGGCCCUUCGGAGGCGCCGCGAAGCCGGGAGCGAAAGCUGCCGCGAAGCCCUCUUUCGCAGGAGCCCUCCCUGCGCGUCCGCCUCCAGCCGCCCCCGCCCAGGGCGCCAUCAGCGCCCUCUCGUCGGGUGCGCACGUCAUCUCGCACGCCGCGGCUUUGCCGAUCGCGAAAGGUUAUCAUCCGCCUGUGCCGCCGACUGUCUGGCAUCCCCACAAGCCUGUGGGAGACUCUCACGCAAGCCCAAGUGCCGGCGGAGGCAAGAAAGUCGCGUUCGCGGCUGCGGCAGGAGCGGCGCAUGCAGCAGGGUUGAGUGGUGCGACGGGGGGAGCGGGCGCGUCGCGUUUGCCUUCCCACGUCUCCCACGGGGCCGAGGGCGGGGAGCGAGCCGGCGCAGGCCUCGAGUUUCUGCUGCCCUUCUCCCGCAGAGCGCCUCCGCGUACGCCCGAUGAAGCGAUCGUCGCGCACGCCGCGACGCUCGCCAUGGCUGCGGAGAAGCAGACGCUGGCGUCGCCGCUCUCAGGCCUGUUCCCGCGGGCGUUGUCGCCGACGUCUCUGGGCCCCGGGGAGAGGCCAAUGGGCGCCGGCGAGGGGGACGAGGACGAAGAAGGCGCGAAGGCGCGCGUCGCGGCGUUCGAGACGGAGCUGCCGCCCAUCGAGUUUCUGCCGUCGAUUCCCCGACUUCUCCACGUGUUUGACUACGUUGGAACGUCGCUCCUUCAAAAGACCCUCCAGGAUGACGCCGGGCUCCCUCCGAAGCCUUGCAGCACGGAGCGGGUCUCAAAGCUUGGCGGCGCCGGAGACGAAAGUGGGGAAAAAGGGGGCCCGGCGAGGCCGGCUCCGUCUGGUGCAGCGGGCGAGAACAAGGCCGCCGAGGCAGCCGCGAAUGCAGCAAAGUGUGCCGCCUCCAAGUCGAGUGCGACUGCCACGGCAGCGUCCGCAUGCUGCGCUCUUCCUCCGCCCUUCCCACCUCCCGUUUCUUCCCUCUUGGCGCCUCCACAGCCUCCCGUCGGCGGCCUGGCCGGCGGGCCGUUCCCGCCGUCGACCGCGGUCGCGCCUCUGGCUCUGCUCGCCGCGGCCGUGGAUCCGGGGUGUCUCCUGGAAGGCCCCGUCGCGGGGAGACACCCGAGUUCAGACGCGUGCGAGGGGCGGCUCCACCUUCAUGCGCUGCUCCAGCCCAGGGGGUCGAGAUGCGCAGGCAUCGCGCGCGAAGAGCGCGCGAGAGAGUUCGUAGAUUGCGUGCCUUCACGCUUCGCGGCACCUCUGGGUGGCGAUGGCGAACGAGCUUCAGCGCAUCCGGGCGACGCCGCGGGCCCUUCGCCGGAGGCCGUUGAGGGCUGCGGCUGCGAGGAGGCGGAGUUCUGGGUGGCGGCGCGUUUUCUGAUUCCCCCGGAACGCAGCCUCGCUGUUGUAAAUCUAGAUCUGAAGCGGGCGUGCGGCGCCGCACUCUUUGAGCAGAUUCGUCGGAAGAUCGAGGCUGACGCAGCGGCCGCAGAUGCAGCAGAGCCCAAAUCCGCGAGCGCUGUAGGGAGCGUGCUGCCGCCGUCAAGCGGAGCGUGCAAUGCGGGAAAACUGAGUUCGGGCGAGCGCGGCGGCGGCGGCGCUUCCAAGUGCGAGCCGCACGGAGAGGAGGACUCUGCGAAGACCCCGUCGGGAAGGGAUGGACUAGAUGCUGAAGGCGCGAAACACCCUGAAGACGCAGCCGCUGGGGCAGACGAGACGCCCGUCAAUGGAGCGGCCGCGAGCGAGCCUUCGACGGUGGGGGCUGUGCCGCCGGAUGCCUCCUCUUCCGCGGCCUCUUCGUUGAGCCUGAAAGCAGGCCGCAAGGCGAACAGACCCCGUCCAGAGAUCCCGCCGCCAGAGGAUGUCCUGUGGAACAUCGUGGACUGGCAAGACGCCGUCGACGCGCUCUGCGUGGCUUGGCUCGCCGACUCAGGGCUGCCGCCGACUCUUAUUCUUCCCUCGGUGCCCGCCGCGGCCUCACACGCGGACGCCUCGCUUCCUUCGCACGAGCGGUAUCUGCGCCGGCAGCCCGCCACGUGCUUGGCCUCCACGGACAAGCGCUGGUGGACGUCGACGCCCGCGCCUGGCAAGGCGAGCGACAACGGCGCCGGCUCUGCGCCGAGUGCCGCCGAGGCGGAGCCGGCCCCCCUCGACGGGACUACGGGGAAGCAGGAGGAAGAAGGCUCGCAGGCUGCCUCCUCGCCUGCGAGCGCGACGGUAGCAAGGCCUUCCAAGCGGACUGGGAAGGAGAGCGAAGACGCCGAGGAAGAGAGCGAAAGACUCGACGACGCCCCAAGGUUCGUCUGGUUGGUCGCCGUGGCGAAGCUUCUCGCGGCAGACGUCAGGCGCCAGUUGGCGCGGGCUGCGGAGAGAGAAAUAGACUUCACCUGCCUCGCGCAAAUGGCGGCCGCCCUCGAGCGCGAAGACCGCGAGAGGAGACAGUGCGCAAGGCUCCAGCGGGCGCGAGCGCCGUCGGAGACAGGGGUCGCGGCCAGCGUAGGCGUGGCACGGGAGGGAGAACGUGAAGCAUCCGCCAUUUUGAACCGAACUCGUCAAGGAAGUGGAACAGAAGCAAGAGAGGUUGAGCAUCGGGUUGCAGGCAGCAGCAACGCGACUUUGGCAGCUCUUGGAGGCAAGGGAAGCUGCACGCCCUCUGCGGCAGCGACUGAAUCGCCGCAUGCAGCGGAGAGCUUAUCAAGCUCUCUGGCGUCUCCCAGCUCUUCGUCGGCGUCUUCCUCCUCCACUUCGCCGUGGUCUGCUUCUGUCUCUUCGCUGUCGGCCUCCUCGUCGCCCCCCCCUGCGGCUGUCGCUGGCGAGGGCGCUUCUUCGGCCUCGGCCUUUGGGGCCUUCUCGCCGUCGCCCUCCUUGCCGAGUACUGGGUCGGCAGCUUUUUCUUCGCCUUGCGUGCAUGCGCGCUCAACGCCCCCCACAAAGCCAGUCCCUCAGUCUUCUCUGGCGAGUUGCGGCCUCUCUGCGGCUGCAUCCUUGCCUGCCUCGGCGGCCGCGUUCUCCGUCUCGCUCUCUUCUCUCCUGUCGGCCUUCGCAUGCACGAUCGAGAUCGACGUGCAGGACGGCCCGAGCGAGACGCGCAUCGACGACAGAUUUCGGUGGGAUCUUCGCCACGGAGACGACUCCAUUCUCGCCUACUGCCAGCAGCUCGCACUCGACUGCUCCCUCUCGGCGCCGCUCGUGGCGCUCUACCGCCUGGCCUUCCACAGAAGUCUCGAACGCCACAAGCGCGAGCUCGUCUCCGAAUAUAAGCCGCAGCUCCGGCGAUUCCAUUGGGCCCGCGGCCUCGCGCCUCCGCUAGCGGCGCUCUCUGGGAAGUCUUUGUCAAGCGGCGCGGCAGCGCCUACCGACCUGCGUUGCGGAGACAGACACCCGAGAGAAGAUGGCGCAGGCGAGGGCCUCAGGGGGCUACCUCGAGUCCCAUGUGGAGGAGGCAGACUCUUCUACAAGCCCAACAGAGAUCUUUGCGGCGAGGGCGCCAGCGGCUUGGCCUCUUCGCAGUCCGCGAGUCUUCUGCUCCCGUGGUCGGCGUCUCUCGUCUCCUUCCGCCGCACGCAGCCCGCAGCUCCGCGCUCGCUUCUGCUGCCUUCUGCACCGGCUGCGCGGCUUCCGCCCUCCUCUCUCCAAGGCCCGCGCCGCGCUCUCGUCGCCUCCUCUGCGGUCGCUCCGCACACCGCCCUGGAGCGGCUGCCCGACCCGUACCUCGGCGCCCCGCUCGCUGUCCCCGACGCUGGGCCUUCGGACCCGUCGUCGGGCGCGACGGGCGCUGCUGCUGCGUGUGGCCUCUCGCGCGAAGGCGGCGGAGGGGGGGGUUCAGCCAGUGCGGAGAGCGGCAGUGCGGUGUCCAGCGGCGAGUGCAGCGGGGAGAGAGAGUUGCUGCGGAGGGCGGCGUGGCUGCAGAGCUUCGCAGAGAGAGACGCAGACCGCCACGGCGACGCAGGCGACCUCCACGCGAGCCACGCAGGCGAGUUCGGGCCGCAUAUUCUGCGGGGCGCUGAGGCCGCAGCUUGGCCGGGGAGGAGAGGAUGGCACAAGAGGAGACGAAGGUGA